AAACAAAUUUGACAGUUGACAAGACUUUUUAUCGUGGUUUCAAAUAAGAUUUAAACUUAAAUUCUAGGUAAAUCCCAAACAUUAACUGUGAAAAGAAAUUCACUUGAGAAUACACGACGGAUUAUUCAACAAGUUCACUGCCAACUGAGAGAAAUCGGAUUCUCGGUAAACUUAAUAACAGAAAAAUGGCCGAAAAGAUAGAGCAAACAAGUGACACGUCAACAGCACCCGUGACUGACGGCACAAAAUCCAGCAGAGGCAGCACGAGACCGCCCCCCAACACACACAGCAAAGGCAUCAAGAAAGCGCGCGAUGGAUCCCACGGUUUGAAAUUUGAAACUAAAUUGUUGACGCUGUUUUGUGUUAGGGGUUUAUCUGCGGGUUACAAAUUUGAACUUGGAAAGGAAAACGAAGAUCUAGCCGGUAAAUUUGACGACGUGAUUUUCCGCUAUGAAGUCCCAGACGAGACACCAGCAGGGAAACACUGGAGGUAUCACUACCUUCAGGCCAAACACAAAGAGAACGAAAAAUAUAAAAAAAUCACAGCUAAUGAUUUAAUCGACCCCAAUCUUAAUGGCCCGUUUAGUCUAAAAAAAUAUUUUCUUUCGUAUUGCAAGAUGAGGGAAAGGGGCGACGAUGUUCGCGAUUGCAUCGUGUGCACCAAUUGGGACGUUAAUAUUGAGCAAUUCAAGAAGAUCCAACUGGAGGAGGUGAAAGAACAACACGACAUUUUGAAAUUUGCUCCCGGGGAAAAAACCGUUGGUAUUUACAAGUUAAAAAUUGAUCAAAAUUUGCGAAGUGAAACGAUUAAAUUGUUAGAGGUUGCAGAUGUCAAAGCCAUGGGAAUGAAAGUUGCGUCCCUGCCUGAUACAUUUGAAAUUCAGUUUAGGAAUAGAGAAACAACUAAUUCGAACGAGGAUAAAAUGUUGACAAUCGAUUUAAUCACAGAAAAAAUCGUCGAUUCGGAAACAAAGAAAUUUCGUCCAGAUUUCAUAAACGACGAGAAUCUCUCGGUCGUUGCCAACAAAUUUCGUCAAAAGAUGUGCCAAAUGAUCGACGAUUUCUACACUAAGCUAAUCUUUGUCGUCAAUAUGCCAAACGAAACGCAUUUCAAGAAAAUUAUUGAAACUGAAGACGUGAGCAAAUAUUAUCCAAGCGACAUGUGCAAAAUUCAAACGACGCGAAUAUUUGACGAAAUUUCAGACGCGUUUGAAAAAAAGCCCGCUAACUUUUGGCUGACAUCAGAAGAAGCAAAGAAGAUUUUAUUAGCAGGUGUCACUGCUAUUUCGUUAGAAUACCAGAAACAACUAGAAGAGGAGGUGGAAUUCAAUGAAGAUGCAAUUAAAGUGAUGGAGAAGAAACUGAGACAUUUAAUGGUUACUACCGGAAGCAACAAAAUCCAGCGGAUUUCCACACCAUCUCCGCAACAUACGGCCGUCAAAGUCAUUUCGGCUGUUCAGAUUAUAAUGCGAGAAUUGAAACAAGAGGGAAACUAUUUGGUGAUAUCGUCUAGUCGUCUGCAAAAUGAGGCGGAAAUGGCAAUGUGGAAAAAUAUUUUGAAAUUGCAAAAAGGUUUUCAUCAUUUUUUUGUCUUCGUCUGCGAUGAUGAAGCAUCGAAACAAAAUUACGAAAAUGUUAUUUCAGAUGAUGAAGCGGACGAGAAAAAUAUUAUCAUAAUUAUUGGUCUUGAAAAAUCAUCAUCCAGGAUGGAUGAUGAAAUCGAGUACACAGAUUUGAGUAAAGAUUUCCAAGAAGCUAUUCUGUCAAAACCCAUUUCCUUGCAAGGGAAAAAUGUCACAGUGGAAGACCUCGUUGGUGACAAACCGGAAGAAGUGAUCGAUUUUAAUUCCAUGAAGGAGUUGUUAUUAGCAGAAAAUGAAGUGAAAAUUCCUUCCUUUAAAACGUCAAACUUCGACCAAUCGCUGUACGUCGAGAGGACAUUGCGAUUUCCGUUUGAAAAUCAGUUUGAACUUGGCGGGGAAUACAGAAUUAGUCCGCAGGGUCACAUCGAAUGGCUCGUCGAAAAAAGCAAGCAAAAAGAAGUAUGGGAGAAAAUCAUGAAUGGUAUUACUAAUCAAGCGUCUUCUACGGGUAAAAUUGUCGAGGAUAUGCAUUUGACGAAUUUGAAGGAAAAAGAAAAUGAAAAGUCAAUUGUCAUAAUUUCCGGAGUAGCCGGAACCGGAAAAUCUACUCUCCUCUGUCACUACUAUGAAGAAAUAAAAAAGUCUAAACCGGACCACUGGGUAAUCAGAAUUAAUUUAGUUGGCUAUGAAGCUUUCUUGAAAUUGGGUCAAAUUGCGGAUUUCGAUGUGAUUGAUUUAUUUAUUAAUAAAUUCCACGUCGUCGAUGACAAAAGUUCAUUUUCUCGCUCGUUAUUGAGAAAACGAUUGGAAACAGGAGAUCGAAUCGUUGUCAUGUUUGACGGAUUUGAUGAAAUCAACGAACUGUGUCAAAAAGGCGCCAUUCAAUUGAUGAAGAUCAUCAGUAAAAACAAAUCAAUUCGACUUUACGUGACAACCCGAACCCACAUGUCUGGCGAUUUACAAUUCCAGUUAUCCCAAUUGGCUUACAACUUAAAAAACUUUACCGAAAAAGACCAGGUAGAUUAUUUGACCUCAUAUUGGGUAAAAGAACUAAAAGAUAAAAAUAAAAAACUAAAAGAUGAAUCACUUCAACAGUUUGCCAAGUUGUUAGUCGAACGGGUGUCGGAAACUCUGAAAGACGAAGAAAAAUCAUUUAUCGGAAUCCCGUUGCAAUGUCGAAUUCUAGCUGAGUGCUUUCAGUCAAAUGUUAAAGAAUUAAUAACAUUAAACUGCGCAGAAGAGGAUGAAUACUCUCGUCAGUCUGUGAGAGACAAAAUAUCAUGUUUACUUGACGGUCAGAAAUUCGAUUUAAUUAGUCUCUUCAAUCGUUUAAUGGAAACGAAACGCAAAGUAUUUUGUGAAGAAAAGGCUAAGAUGCCAUCAGUUGAAAACAAAGUUAUGACUGACGCCAUUAAUUAUUUGAUAAGGAACGUCGAGAGUCACCUGACAAAAUUGGCCAUCAAAACAAUCGUCGAAGAUCAAAAGUUCGUCGAUGUUUUGUGGCCACUUCGGUUAUGGAAUCAGUCAAAUGUGGAGGUGGCUGCUGAGGAAAAGAUGAUCGCCAUGAAUAGUUUGAGUUUCGGAUUGAUAAUCGAAAACAGAGAAAACCAUACAAAAGCCCAAUUCUUGCAUCGCACCUACGCCGAGUAUUUAUUCGCCAGAUAUUUAUACGAAGGAUUUCUUCUUGAUGACGAACAACACAACAAGUUACUAGAAAAUGAAUCAAUUCAAAAGUUGAUCCUGAACAAAAUCCUUUCAAUAGAACAGUACGAUGGUGUCCAGGUAUUUUUCAAUGGCAUGUUGAAAGAAUUAGUAGACAGCACGGAAUGGCGUAAUAGAAUUAUUCUACGCGAUUUACCAGAGCGAUUCACAAAAUUCGCCAAACAUCUGUUCACCCAAUUUCUCCGCAAGUACCCGUCUUCACUUUUCCGGUUUCAGAAGGUUACAGAAGAACGUUCACGGAUGUUUCCAAACGCUCUUUGUUAUUCGAUUUCGACUGGGAAGGAGAAAAUAUUCAAAUUUUUUUGUGAUUUUCUCGAGGCGACGUUUGAUAAAAAACUUAUCCAAAAUGCCAUGAUGAAUUCUUUCAUGACAAAUAGAAGUUACUUUUCAUUUAAAUUUUUCCGCAGAACAGAAAGCGAAUUAUUUAAAAGAUUUAUCGGCUAUUUGUACAGUGAUGAUUCAAAAGAUCCCGCGUCUAACGCUGAUACAAAGUUUAACUGGCACGAGAAGCUCUUGCCUCCCUGUGAUUUGGAAUACUCCCAGUGGAAUGAAAAAGAGCAGCAAAAUAUGGUACGUACCCUGUUGGAAUUUAUUGUCAAACAGCGUACGACUUUUGACAAGCAUUUCUCUAAUAACAUAGGGCCCACGUUAACAUUUUUAAUAUUCAAUGAAAAUUACGACAGUCAUCUUGAAAUAUUUUUGAAACGAUUAUCUCAAUCGGCGAACUAUUCUGACGAUUCUAAAUUUGCGCAUUUGCUGAAGAUGAUCUUGCAGGAAUCCAAAAAACAUUUUGUUCGUGGCCGAAUCGGUAAAAUGUUGAUCAUCCUAAACGAGCUUAAAAGACAUAAUCUACUGACUCGUCUCUACGGCACAAUACUCGUGACAGAACCCGAAGCUUUUCACAGCUUGUAUCAGCCAAUAGAAGAAGAAGGAGUGAUACCAGCGGAUCUCCACUUCUUAUUGGAACGUGAUUCGUAUCGCCUGACUCGCCUUCACGGAGCAGCUUUUUAUGGAAACAUGGAGGCGGUCGAUGAAAUGUUGGAAAGGAUUCGCCAAAAUUUGACUGAUCCAAUGCAAAAAGAAGUUGCCGAUAAAAUAAUAAAUGAAAUCAUUGCACGAGAUGAAUAUGGUUUCACGCCGUUUUAUGUGGCAGCCGCCUGUGGCCACAAGGAAAUCUAUCAAAAGAUGCUGGCCUUCUUGAAACAAGUUCUCCCUGACGACACGCUAGAAGAACAUUUGAUAGACGAAAAGGGAUUCGUGCAUCGUGCGCUUUCCGACGCAAUUGAUUCUGAAAAUAUUCAAAUGUUUCAACUGAUUCUCAAUGCUGUCAAAAAAGAACUGGGGCAAAAAGAACUAAUCCGAGUGUUGAAUCCAGAAGUCUAUAUUCAUCCCCGAAAGCAAAAAUCAUUGAAGCCAACCUUUUUCACCAGAUGCAAAACGAAAGAAUUUUUCAACGCAAUGGCAAAGAUUGUCGUGACGAGGGAUGACAACGUGGCAGAUUACACAGAUUUGUACGACUUGGUCUCUCAACGGUAUUAUCCUGUAACAAAACGUUCCCUAGAGGACAUCGACAACGAAAAUCUUCAAGGACUGCUAUUACUAAAAGGUGUUGAGGAUUUCACAAAAAGUGUUCUGGAUAUUCAGAGUCUUUCCUGUGGCUUUGAACUGUUAUCAAGAAACCUUCUAAAACAUUUUACAAAAGAUCAACUAGAACAGUUUGUCAAAACUAUUACUGCUAAACACUAUAAAAAAAAAAAUAGGAGCUGGGAAUUUCACGUCAAUUCAGUUCAUGCAGAUGACAAAGAGACAAAAGACCAAAUACUCCGUCAACUUAAUUGGGGCGGAGGAUUCUGGACAAAUGACGACUUAGUGUUUGAAGACGAAGGUAACGGAACCACCAUCAUUUACGCAGAACGAAUAGUACCGAGGCCCAGCUAUUGGAAGGAUUACAUAGAAGAACAUUUACUAAGAAAUACUUCGUACCCCGAUUCAAUUUACAUGAAACUUACAAGCAUGAACGAUGGUUUUCCAUUUCGUGGACGUGCCGAUUGUAUAUGUGAGUGUUUUAAACAUUUGGGUGAUAACUCUGCAAAAGAGCUUUUACUCCACGAAGAAACCCAAGGCUACAUCAUGAUUAGAUUUCCACAAAAUAUGGUUAAACUCAUGUUAAAUUGUUUGACACAAGAAAGCCAAGAGGAGGUCAAACAAAAGUGGAAGAACAACGCACCUCUUUUCAGUAAAGCUUUCCCUUUGACUUCCAAAAUCUUAUCAGAGGAACACUUCCCUGCACGAAUCAGCAGUGCGAUCUUACACUUCUAUUUGGAAUAUGGAAGUAAUGAUCACCUAAAGGAAUUCGCUAAGGUCGUAACGGUCCUACACAAUAUUGGCCAAGUUCAACAUAGUUCGUGGAGUUACGUAUUCGAAAAGGUUGACUUAAGAGAAACGAACGAAAUCUUGAAAAUUGUAUCGGAGAAAAUGGAGUUUUUAGGCAAAGAUGGCGUAAAACAGCUACUGCUUCAUGAGAUUGAUAACGUUCCCUUUAUAAUCAAAGCUGUGUCGUGGGGAGAAGAUAUCGAUUUAUGGCUUGCAAUUCUGCCAGAAGAAAUCAAAGAAGAAAUUCAACAAUUUAUCCAGCAAAAGGCUCCUGAUUUCAUUGAAAAAGCGUUUUGCAAUCCAACGGCAUAUUUCAAAACAUUUAGUUGGGGACAUUACCACAAACGACUUAAUACUUUCACGUUUUUCCUCAGUUUCAGCAACGAGCAUCAGCUUCAAAGUUUCGUACCGAAAAUCACUUCAAAACGUGUGGGCGGUCAGCAGGGAGUGCACGAGAAGAGCUUGUGGGCUGAAAUAUUUACCCAUGAGUGGGAAAGUAAUGACGAAUACGGAAAAAAAAAGACGGAAGACUUUGCAAAGAUGAACAAGUUCAUGAAAAUGGUGUCAGAGAAACUGGGCCCAAACGCCGUGAAAGAGUUGCUGCUCCACCAAGACGGCGAAUUACUCGUCGUAUUUUAUCUUGCACUGAGAGGAGAGGAAGAAAUGCUGGAGACGUUGCUCAACUACUUGCCCGCCAAAGAUAAAAAAAAAGUUCAGCGUAAAGUCGAUCAGUUCUUGGACGUAACGUACAAGAUCCCCCAAGACGACGAGGAUUAGAGCAAAUUCCACAACGAUUUCUUCUAAAUCUUUCAAAAUGACCUAUCCUUUAAAUCUUAUGGUGCGUUCACACUUGCAGAAUUGCUAUGUUAAAGUAAUUGCUAUGUUAAGGUACGACACGCUGCAUUUCUGCCAGGGUUGAACGCACCUUUAUUGUUAAACGCAAUAUUGUCUUUUUCAAAUUAUGGGGAUGGUCAAUACAACUGCUGGGAGUUAA